CCCCGCCCACACCGCUGGUAUUUUACCGUCGUCCGCUAAGUGAGCACAACAUCACGGAGUACUGGGACAGACAGUGUCCGUGUUAUAUCCGUCACGAGUCUAUGUGUCCGGUGUGUAAUUAAAGCGAUAUAUUGAGGCGGCUAAAAUGAUUGGGAACGUUCCAGCCCUGACUUUAACAGUGUCCAUUCUGUCUGCCACAGUGGUCUGUUUCAAGAGAUUCCAGCUCGAGAUUCCAAACGGAGACAAAGUUCCUAACCCGUGCAACAAAAACGAGCUUUGGACGGCGGUCGGACACACAACUAUUGAGGGCGGAGGAAGAAGGAACCCGUUUGGUCAAGUUUUUCAAAACCAAAAAACGUGGGGUGGAAUGCUCUGUGACUCGGAUUCUGACGGAGAUGGAAUAACAAACGGGGCGGAACUGGGAGAUCCGGAUUGCGACUGGGUGAAGGGUCGAACACCAAAACGCACAGAAAAUAUAACACAUCCAGGGAUAUGCGAGCCAAUGGACAGCGAGAGAUGUAAAGAGAAAAACUCUUGGCUGCGUUGUCCUGAAGAUCCAAAUGCAUUCUGUCCCGAAUUAUCUAAACCAGAUGUAAAAUCUCUGGAUUUGAAACUGGAUAAAACAAGAGUUCCGGCGACCAGCACCACGUGGAUGUGUCAGAUUUUACCCUGGCCGGAAGAGGGCGAUUUCCACGUGAUCGGAAGCAAGCCUCUGGUUGAUAAUGCUGACGUCACUCACCAUAUGAUUGUAUUUGGGUGCGGCAGUACAGUUUCACAGCGUCCCGGGCCGUACCAGUGUAACAUGGUGCCAGACCGAGAGUGCCAAGACAUCCUCCUGACGUGGACCAUGGGGUCAAAGGGCGAAUGUCUGCAUAAAGAAGAGGGGUUCCGAAUGGGCAGUAAAGGAUAUACACAUGUGGCUCUGCAGGUUCACUGGAACAACAUCAACCAGAGAUCCACCUACGUGGACGGGUCGGGUAUACAGGUGUUCUACACCAACAAGCUCCGGAAGUACGACUCGGUGAUCAUGGUGGUCGGCCAGAAGUACCUGGAGCUCCCUCCCAACGCCCCGGUAGUCACCGUCAAUUCAUCCUGUCCCGCGUUCUGUACAGAGAACAUGUUCCAGAAACCGAUAUUCAUCACCAGGGCAGUCAACCACAUGCACACGCUAGGUAAAAAACAGCAGGUAGCCCUCUACAGAGAUGGAGGAUUUGUGCGGAAUAUUACAAAUGACGAAGUAUACGAUUAUAAUUCGCCGUUUUUCUACAGGUUUGACAAACCUAUAGAAGUCCGCCCAGGGGACGAAAUACGCACCACGUGUACUUACUCCACUGUUGGGAUUAACAGGACUAUAUUUUAUGGCGUAAGCAUUAAGGACGAGAUGUGCUACAGUUUUUUGACUUACUUCCCUCACCAGAGAUCGUAUACACAGUUCUGCACGACUUUUAAGGACACACAGGUGUGUAAGAGGUAUCUCCCGCGCCUCCAGGGAGUGUAUGACGACUGUUCCUGGAGAGCAUUCAUUAACGGGAAGGAUAUGACUGCAGUGGAAAUGACGAAACGGGUGGUAACGGAAUGCGGAAAGACGGACUCAUGUUCGGCUUCGUGCUCCGAUGCACUGGAUGUGAUGUCGAAGCACCCAUGUAUGCACGGCGAAAUUCACGGAUAUGUCUCCGAAAAGUGGCCAAUGAUGAAACAGGUCAGAGCGUACAGGAAAAUGUGUAUGAAUCCCCCGGAUGUUUCCAACCCUUCGUCCGCGGGUGCGAAAGCGGAGGAUAGUAAGAGCGGUAGUGCCCAUUUAUCAAACAAUUACCUAGCUGUUAUAUCCGCUGUUAUGCUUUUUCUACGUAGUAUCGUUGUAUGAAGUGGUUCACCUUUGCAAAAUUGAUUCAUUUAUUCAAUCUUUAUAUCAAAUGCAGCUCGGUCCCUUCACACAUUCGUUUUUCGUUAUGUCAGAGCAAGAGCGACAACUCUGGGUGGAAAAUGCAGAAUGAUCCAUUAUUACAUUAUGUACAACGAUACCGAUUUGUCUGGAGAAAACAUUGUUCUUUGUAAUACCGAACAUUGUUUUUAUGUAGAUUUUAGACUUUGUUUUGUCUUUAAGAAUAUUUUUAAAGUUUAAAAAUGUAAUUUUGAUGAAAUUCGCAUUUACGUCGUAAAUGUAUUUUUUCGAGAUGUGGAUGCACUUUGUAGUGGAUGAACAUUUGUUUUAGUUAAAAACUUAAAAUGGAUGGAAAGUCAAUAAAAAGUGAUACAUGUAUAUGAUGAUUUUUUGAAGAUGAAUGAACUCUACUCUUUAGGUAAACAUUUUUUUCAUUUGCAAAAUAAUGAAUUAUAAUAUUUAAUAUUAUUUGGGGCACAAAAAUGUUUGCUUUCAUUGGUUUUUUCUCAUACCGUCUUUUAGCCAGAGCCCUUUCCCCGAAAAUUUUCAAAUUCAUUGAAACAUUGUUGAAUACGUCAAUUAAAUUUGUAUGAAUUGACGGCAUUUCAUAUAAAAUUCUUACAUCCGAUGAUGUCUAUAUAUUCGCGUUUUUUCCGAACUCUGUCAGGAAGGCCUGAUAUGUUGAGAAUAUUUUCCUAGAUAUGAUAUGACGGUUUAAACCUACUUGAAUAGAUGACCGUUAUAGAAUUAACUUCUUGGGAGUUUUCCCACAGUUGACAUUUUUAAUUUAUUAACCAUUGACGUGUAUUUUUCAUUACUGCUUAUUAUUUCUUCAUUCCUGAAUGAUUCCGUUUUUUGCGUAUUAAAUUGAUAUUGAUCCUAUAAUAACAUCUAGAUAUAUGUAUGUGUAAUAUGUUUAUGCAUAAUUAUAAAAACUUUCAUUUAUGAGUUUUCUACGACGAAAUUUGUGUGACUUACAUAAAAUUGAUAAUGAAAAUCUAGGCUUAUAAGAUUAUUUUUCGCUUUCUUUUAAAAUUGUAUUUCAAUAUUUUUAAAGGCCUGGCAGUAUUAGAAAAACUUUGGUGCUUUCAAUGCUGUUAUAUCUAUAUAUCUGUUGUGGAGUUUUUUAUGUUGUGUAAGAAAU